AUGGCUUCGGAGACAAAGAUCGUGAAUCUGGCUGAGGAAGCCAAGCUCGCCAGGGAAGGGGUGAAGACUCCCUCCUAUGCUUUUACCACCAUCUGCAAGUCUCUCGUCGCCGGUGGAGUCGCCGGAGGAGUAUCACGAACGGCAGUUGCUCCUCUGGAAAGGUUGAAGAUUUUGCUACAGGUUCAGAAUCCACACAACAUAAAAUACAAUGGAACAAUUCAAGGUCUUAAAUAUAUAUGGAGAACUGAAGGUUUUCGUGGGCUGUUCAAAGGGAAUGGUACUAAUUGUGCUCGUAUUGUCCCGAAUUCUGCGGUGAAGUUCUUCAGUUAUGAGCAAGCUUCCAAGGGUAUACUACAACUGUAUCAGAAACAAACUGGAAAUGAGGAUGCUCAGCUGACUCCUCUUUUGCGUCUUGGGGCUGGAGCUUGUGCGGGAAUAAUUGCCAUGUCUGCAACUUAUCCGAUGGACAUGGUUCGAGGCAGAAUAACUGUACAGACAGAGAAGUCCCCUUACCAGUAUAGAGGAAUGUUUCAUGCUCUGUCAACUGUACUCAGAGAAGAAGGUCCACGUGCUUUAUAUAAGGGUUGGCUUCCUUCAGUCAUUGGAGUUAUUCCUUAUGUCGGUCUCAACUUUGCUGUGUAUGAGUCUUUGAAAGAUUGGUUAGUUAAAUCCAAUCCAUUUGGUAUAGUUCAAGAUUCUGAGCUGAGUGUGACAACUCGCCUGGCUUGUGGUGCUGCAGCUGGAACUAUGGGACAAACUGUUGCUUACCCUCUUGAUGUCAUUCGUCGAAGAAUGCAGAUGGUGGGUUGGAACCAUGCUGCUUCUGUUGUAGCUGGUGAUGGAAGAGGGAAGGUACCGCUUGAAUACACUGGCAUGAUUGACGCAUUUAGGAAAACUGUUCGGUAUGAGGGCUUUGGUGCAUUAUACAAGGGUCUGGUGCCAAAUUCUGUAAAGGUGGUCCCAUCGAUAGCAAUUGCGUUUGUAACGUAUGAGGUGGUGAAGGACAUUUUAGGUGUGGAGAUCAGAAUAUCAGACUGA